AUGCUACCAGGUGGCCAAUUGAAAAGUCUAUGCAAUAAGAUACUAUUGCCUAAUGAAGAUCCUAUAAUUAAAGCUAUAGGAUAUACUGACGAUGUAGCAACGGUUGCUUUUGAAAUACAAGAUGAACAUGAAACAUUUGGUAUGUUUGACUUGUAUAAUCGUGCAUCUGCUGGGAAAAUAAAUGUGAAAAAAACUGAAUUAUUUUGGAUAAGCGUUUGGCUAGAUCCACCACGUUUUCAAGCACGUAUAAAUAGAGAUUGGUAUAUAUUUCUUGGUGUACCAUUAGAUAAUAAUGGUCGUAUACCAGAUAAUGAACUAAUAUAA